AUGGUGCGCCUCGUAGAGUUGAGGGCGGUGUUGGCCGUGCUUUCGUUGGCUUUUGCCGCGCUGCAUUAUCAACAGCAGCUUCUGGUCGCGUCGCUGCGACAAAUGCGCCGGGAGGAAGAAGAUGGGUGCGACGGAGAACCGCGACCCAAGCGCCGCCUUACGGUUCGGCCGAGAGCGGACUACGCUCUGCCUAGGGCAAGAGUGCUUGAGAAGGCCGACCUAUUGCAGGACCCGUCGACGAGAGAGGCAAAGCAGUUUCGGCGAAGGUUCCGCGUACCCUACCCUUUCUUCCUGUCUCUUGUAGACGAAGUGAAGGCGGGGAAGUGGCCUGUGUUCACGACGGACGAAUUCGAGCUUGGCGGGAGAGGCACCAGGCGCUGCAUCCCCGUGGAAAUAAAGGUUUUGGCAGUGCUGCGCAUACUGGGCAGAGGAAACUAUUUCGACGAUGUCUCGGAGGUCACCGGCAUGGGCGAGGCCACCGUGAACCACCUGUUCCACAAGUUCACGGAAAGAUUCGCGCGUGAGUUUUUUCCGGUAUGGGUGAGGAUGCCGAACGAAGUCGAGCUGAAGGAGAUCAUGAAAACCUAUGACGAGGUUGGAAUGACGGGCGCCAUGGGAUCGAUGGAUGGGACGCAUCUUUAGUGGACGGUGUGUCCUUAUUCGGAACGCUUGUCGCAGGUUGGCAAGGAAGGCUACGCUACCCUCGUGUAU